AUGGAUAAAGACAAGCAAAUUGAUAUCUAUAAGCGCUGCUUGCAAAGAAUAGGCCAACUUGAAGAGGACAUCAGAAAGUGUUAUUCUGAAGAGUUCGAAGUCAAUGGCAUUGUAUUUCUCGAAAUGAUGGUUGUUGAUGCUUGUUUUAUAAUAGAAAUCAUUGAAAUAUUUGCAUUCACGAAGGAAGAAGUCGACUCCAGCGAAUCUGAUCUUGGAGCCUUGGCAUGGAUGGGACAAGCACGAUUGUCUGUAGAUUCUCCAUUCAUUCACUGCAUCUCGAAGCUCCGGCUAGCGGGGAUUAAGGUCAGUCCGGUCAUGGCGCUCAGCCUCCUAGAAGUGAGAUUCAAGAGAGGUGUGAUUGACAUGCCAAACAUAGCCAUCGACGACUUUAUGUCUGUUGCUGAACUGUGUGGCAUUCGAGCAAAGCCACCAGAGAAGCAACAAGUACUUUUCGGUUUACGCUACUUUUUUGGACUGCCUGGUGAACACCAAGGGGGACGUGAGUACCUUCGCGAGCGCAAUGUCAUUGACAAUUACCUUGCCAACGACUCCGAGGUUGCGCAGUUCAUUAACAGUGCGGGCAAGGACUUGGUACUCGAUGAUAAGUGCUUCUAUUUGGGGAAAUUGUUCGAGGAUGUGGACAAGCAUUAUCGAAAUAGGUGGAUGUGGAAGUGGGCGAGCUUCAAGCGGGAGUAUUUUGACAAGCCGUGGUUGCUUCUGUCGGCAGCGGGGGGCCUUUUACUCGUACUGGCUACGUCAUUCCAGGCCAUAAUGGCUUACAAGUUUAAAAAUAACUAG